UCUCCUCCUCCGAUCUUCUGUGCAUCAGAUCUAGCAAUGGUUGGGAAACAUCAGAACCAUCAUCAUCACACUCCCCACAGACCCAGAUCGAAAACCCUAAUCUUCACGCUUCUCCUCUUCUCCUUCUCUCUACUCGUCAUCCUCUACUCCUUCUCUUCCUCCGCCCUUCCCUCCGUCUCCUAUCCAAACCAAUCUGACCGAACAGAAACAUCCUUCGUCCCCUCCCUCGAGAAAUUCCUGAUCCACAAGGCCCCGAAGCUCUCAAUUAGAGACGACACUGUACAUGGCGAGAGGGAUGAUAGGAAGCUCGAUGAGAUGGUGUUCGAAAGAGAGAAUCGGUUGUUGAACGAAGACCCGGUUUAUCCAGUCGGGUAUCCGGUUAAGGUCUACGUGUACGAGAUGCCAAAGAAGUUCACUUUGGAUCUCCUCUGGCUGUUUCACAACACUUACAAAGAGACUUCGAACGCCACUUCUAACGGUAGCCCUGUGCAUCGCCUUAUCGAGCAGCACUCUGUUGAUUAUUGGCUAUGGGCUGAUCUGAUCUCUCCUGAAUCCGAAAGGCGUUUGAAGAGUGUGGUGCGGGUCCAUCAGCAGCAUGAAGCUGAUUUUUUCUACGUUCCGUUUUUCACUACAAUCAGCUUCUUCUUGUUGGAGAAGCAGCAAUGCAAAGCACUCUAUAGGGAAGCUCUGAAGUGGGUCACUGAUCAGCCUGCUUGGAAAAGAUCUGAGGGAAGGGAUCAUAUCUUUCCUAUUCACCAUCCUUGGUCUUUCAAGACCGUCCGCAAAUUUGUGAAGAACGCAAUCUGGCUUUUACCGGAUAUGGACUCGACUGGGAACUGGUAUAAGCCUGGGCAAGUCUCACUGGAGAAAGACCUGAUUCUUCCUUAUGUUCCCAAUGUGGAUAGAUGUGAUGCCAAAUGCUUGUCAGAAAGUGCACCAAAGAGGACCACUCUUCUUUUCUUCCGAGGGCGGCUUAAGAGGAAUGCUGGAGGUAAAAUACGUGCCAAGCUUGGUGCAGAGCUAAGUGGUGUUAAGGAUGUAAUCAUCACUGAGGGGACUGCCGGAGAGGGAGGGAAAUUCGCAGCUCAGGGAGGCAUGCGUAGAUCUUUAUUCUGUUUGUGUCCGGCUGGUGACACACCAUCCUCGGCGAGAUUGUUCGAUGCCAUAGUUAGUGGCUGUAUACCUGUUAUAGUCAGUGACGAGCUGGAACUUCCUUUUGAAGGAGUACUUGAUUACAAGAAGGUUGCUGUGAUCGUUUCUUCUAGUGAUGCUAUACAACCAGGGUGGCUUAUCAAUCAUCUAAGAAGCCUUACACCUUCCCAAGUCAAAGAAUUCCAGAAUAGGCUUGUUCAAUACUCGCGGCAUUUCCUAUAUUCCAGCCCUGCUCAGCCAUUAGGUCCAGAAGACUUGACAUGGAGAAUGAUAGCUGGAAAGCUGGUGAAUAUCAAGCUUCACACAAGGAGGUCACAACGGGUUGUUAAAGGAUCAAGAAGUAUUUGCAGAUGUGAUUGCUGGAGACCUAACUCUACAGCCUCCAACCCAUUGAGUCCUCUCUUGUCUUAAGAUCCAUCACUCCACUUCACUUUUUCAGUCUUAAAGUCCACUGGAUAUGUAUACUCGAGGUCACAGUUUUUGAAAUUCCUAUACAAUUGAACUUAUUGCUUACUAUGUUAUAUAUUGUAAGGUCAUCCAACUUUAGCCAUGUGGAACUGUUAUGAAUCGUUAAUGGUUUCUAAGACUGGAUAUGCAUCUCUACGCAAUUUUUAUUUCUCUCAUUUGCUGCUUA